GAUGGGGAAGGAGGGUGGCUAAAACAAACUACCAAGGUCCAAGUUGCCUUCCAUACCACGUUUAUUUCUCUUCACACACCAGUAUUUAGGGGGCUUUUGUUUCUUAUGCUUCUUUUUUAUCUGAACACUUCUCCAUCUUUCAGGUUUACUGCUUUUUAGUUCCAUGGCUUCUCCCUUUUUCUCUCAAUCCGUAACUUUAUUUUUUUUUUCCUAACUUCCCUUGGCUUUAUAUAAGCUUUUUCUUAUCUCUUUGCUGCACCACUUUUCUUUGAAUCUAUUCAGUUCUUUAUUUGUUUUUGUUUUCUGUCUGUUUGGCGCUUUGGACAAUAAUAUCUUUAGCUGUUUGGUCAGAAGAUGUUAUAAGGCUGUGUUUUGUUGGGAUCUGAAGCUGAAUUUUGGGGAGUAUUUGUAGGCUGUAGCUUGCUGAUUGGAACCAAACCAAGAUUGUGAAACAGAAGGUUUUAGGUUUUUCCAGGAAUGGCAACCAUUGCCGUAGUUAGUGAGGAAGAUGAUCAGAUGGAUUUGCCACCAGGUUUCAGGUUUCACCCAACUGAUGAAGAGCUUAUUUCUCACUACUUGUACAAGAAAGUUCUCGACAUCAACUUCAGCGCUAGAGCUAUUGGAGAGGUGGAUUUGAACAAGUCUGAGCCCUGGGAAUUGCAUUGGAAAGCGAAAAUGGGAGAGAAAGAAUGGUACUUUUUCUGUGUUAGAGACAGAAAAUACCCUACUGGUCUGAGGACAAAUAGGGCUACUGAUUCUGGCUACUGGAAAGCCACAGGGAAAGAUAAGGAGAUUUACAGAGGAAAAUCAUUGGUUGGAAUGAAGAAAACUCUGGUUUUCUACAAGGGUAGAGCUCCUAAGGGAGAGAAAACCAACUGGGUCAUGCAUGAAUACAGAUUGGAAGGCAAAUAUUCAGUCCACAACCUCCCUAAAACUGCCAAGAAUGAAUGGGUGAUUAGCAGGGUAUUCCAAAAGAAUUCCGGUGGGAAGAAAACCCAUAUUUCAGGUCUGAUUAGGGUGGGUUCCUUUGGUAAUGAGUUGGGUCCUGCUGAUCUACCACCAUUAAUGGAAUCUUCUCCAUACGAUGGCAAGAGCAAACCUGUUGCCGAAUCGGCUUACGUGCCCUGCUUCUCCAAUCCUAUUGAUCUCCAACGAAACCAACAAGACACAAUUGAUACUUUCAACAAUCCUCUUCUUCCUGUUUCGUCUAAUUCUACCGACAUUUUCCCACGAAUCCCGCUUUCAAACUCUUUCUAUUGUGCUCAACCUGUCCCUGUCCCUGUCCCUGUCCCAUCCAAUUUUCAAUUCCCUGGAUCUGUUCUAAUGCAAGACCAAUCAAUCCUGAGGGCCUUGAUUGAAAACCGUGUAUCAAAUAUGAGGCAGGAUUUCAAAACAGAGAAGGAGAUGGUUAGUGUUUCACAAGAAACAGGUUUAACCACUGAUAUAAACACUGAAAUCUCUUCAGUCGUAUCAAAUCUGGAAAUUGGAAAGAGGGCAUUUGAUGAUCAAGGAGGCCCUUGUACUUCAGCUGCACCAGUGGACCUUGAUUGUUAUUGGCAUUACUGAAAUCAGAAACAGCAACAUUUGAAGAAUGAAGAAGUUAUUAAAAAAAAGAAAAAAGCUACAACUUUAGAAGAUUAGACCUUCAGCUACUAUUAUUGUCUGGAAAAGAUGAUGUGAGUCUAUGUAUAGCUUUUGUUGAAGUCUAAAUGAAAACUUUGAAAGAAAUGAAGCAUAAAAUUAUGUAUUAUACAUUUAUAAUUAAAUUAUCAUAUAAGAAAAACUUCAAUCUCUCUUUCUUAUACUAUCUUUUUUUUCCUGGGUUGCUGUUAUGUUGGCAUCAUUAUUGUCAAAUUGCUUAGAUACAGAAUUUGUCUGAUAUGAGAUUGAGUUGGUAGCAUCUGAUA